AAUACCAACCGACUCGGAUAAUAUCAAUUUCCAAAAUGUCGGUCAGCGGGUGAUCACGCUGGCGGGCUACGGUCGUCACGCCGUGUACGCGGGCGGCGCGUACCAUGCGCGUGCGCCCGUCGUACCCCUCAACGCAAAUGGCGAGCCUAUCAAACUGCCUGAAAACUUGGAGAGCCUGCCCAGAGCUGAACACUUCGCGGCGCAGAGGCAUCGCUGGAAUACCAAUGAGGAAAUCGCUGCAAUACUCAUCAGUUUCGAUAAGCACAGCGAAUGGCAGUCAAAGGAGGUGAAAAUAAGGCCCAAAAGUGGCUCGAUGCUACUCUAUAGCCGGAAGAAAGUCCGGUACCGACGCGACGGCUAUUGCUGGAAGAAGAGGAAAGACGGAAAGACCACUAGGGAAGACCACAUGAAAUUGAAAGUGCAGGGGACUGAGUGUAUCUACGGAUGCUACGUGCACUCCGCUAUACUGCCGACCUUCCACCGUCGCUGCUAUUGGCUGUUACAGAAUCCCGACAUAGUCCUGGUACACUACCUCAACGUGCCGUACCCAGAUGACAACAAGUUGGCGACAGUGGCGCCAAGCUUGGCGUUGUGGGCGGACAAGAAAGAGUGGACGAAGGAUGAACUCGUCAGCCAGCUUAAACCUAUGUUCUUCAGCGAAGAUGAGCCGGACAUCAACAACGAAUUGGAAAUAUCGGGCAAAAUGUUUCAGACAGCGGAAACCGUCGAAGCCAUCGUGGGUCAGCUGAUGGAGAAACAACGAGCCGCAAGAGCUGCUGCAUUGGCGCGGCAGCUCGAAUGUGGAUGUCCAGACUCAACUUGCCAAGACUCCAGAACAUGUGCCCAUCCGCUACGACGGAUACAAGCAGCCAAGCCACCGCCCUCAGAUCACCACGUGUCAUCUACAACUGGACCUUCACCAAGACCCAUGUCGCAUCCUCCCAGGCAGUACACCAGAGACCACAGACCUUCCCCACAAUCAGCUUCACCGUUAUUAUUGUCCCUCGGACAAAUCCAAGGAGGCGGUGGUCUACUUAUACUUAACGGAACUAGUAACACCGCCCAGCAACAUUCGUCCUUAGUACCACCAUUAUCGGUCGCGUCGUUCGUAUGCGAAGAACCCAGGGAUAGGUAUCGCCAGCAAUAUAAACCCACUUUUGUAUUAAAAAGGGAGAUACCAGAUAGCCAGCCGUCUUCAUGUCUUCAUAACACUGAUUCGUCUACAUACGAAGUUGACACUCAGAUUGAGGAGAAAGUAGAUAUUACCAGUUUUGAUAGGAAAAUUAAGGUGGAGCCGAGGAGUAGAAAUCAUAUUGUGGCCAGUGCGCCUGCAACGCCUUCGCGGUAUCCAGAUUUAGUUGAAAGAUUAGAGAGUAAAGUUCUGACAGAUAACUGUGAUGAUACGUUAGUAUUACUUGGUACGGAUGGGCAUUUAGGUUCAAGUGGUUUCUUCGACGAAACUUUAGAGUUAUCUCAUGAAGAUAUUCAGAAGACUUUGUCUGCGAAUAUGCCUAAUUGUGAGUUAGACAGGAACGGUGUCCGAACUUCAAAUACUGCUAAUGUUAUGGUAUCUGGAAUUGAUACAAUGGACUUUAUAGAGAGUUGUGAGAAUGUGGCAUCACCCACUCAAGUGGUGGACGAUAAUGUGUUCGUGAAUCUCGACGCUUUUGAUAUGUUAGGUGACUUCCCGGAAUUGGAAGUCCUGGAUCCUAGUUCUAUUACAACGAAUCCCGUAUUGUGCGAAAAAUCACCACCAGAAGACGAGAAAAUGCAGACUGACAGCAAUAGCGAAGGAGCUCUAAGCAUCACGGACUAUUCUCCAGAAUGGGCGUACCCAGAAGGUGGUGCUAAGGUUUUGAUAGCCGGACCCUGGACGGAGAGUUCCGAUCAGUAUACGGUGUUAUUUGACAACUUUCCAGUGCCAUCAAAGUUGGUGCAGAAUGGAUUGUUGAGAUGUUAUUGCCCAGCCCACGAAGCAGGAUUAGCGGCUCUCCAAGUAGCCCGAGGUGGUCGUGUAGUAUCAGAUACAGUCGCCUUCGAGUACAAAGCUGGUCCAGCACCAGCUCCAUCGUCUCCCGCUUCAGCGCCGUUACCGUCACUAGAUUUCAGAAGAUUCUCGCUUCUUCAGCGGUUGCAGCGGCUUCACGGAAGAUUGCAGGUGAAGAUUGAACCUAUGGAUGAUAGUAACCAGAUUGAAGACGUCCAACUAUACUCAAACCCGAAGUUCGAAGAACGCCUUGUAUCUUUCUGCCAAUCUUUAAGUGCUCGAUCUGCUGGAAAUUCUGAAGGUUUUACCACGGAACCUGGAGAAGAUGGUUCUACUAUACUCCACCUGGCGGCAGCACUGGGCUAUACAAAGUUGACUACAGCGCUUCUGAGGUGGAGACAAGAUGAUAGCAGUCUGGCAUUGGAGAAAGAAGUCAAUUUGGGAGCGAGGGACUGUGAGAACUGCACUCCUCUGAUGGUAGCAAGCGCCGCAGGUCACCUCGAAACAGCUGUAGUGUUGGCUCGGUGGAGCGCCGGCACCCGCAGCGAGGCCGGCGCGCGGCAGGCCUCGGCUGCGGCCUUGAGAGCUGGUCACACAAGACUAGCAGCUUUGUUAGAUAGGAUACACCCGCCUCCUAAAGAUGGAGUGUUCCUUAGGCCUCACAGUUUAUCUCAAAAAGGGCGAGCUGGAAGCUUGGAAAGCAACCUUGUGAAGCGACCCUCAAUAGAUAGUGGCAUCAAUAUGGCCGACGCCUUCAGGUCCAGUUCAGCUAUUGACAAGUCCGAGACUAGUUCAGCCAGGUGGGAACGAAGUAUGUCCCUGCCUUUAGACUCGGACAAUUCUGAAGACAGCCUUGGGGAUUCUAAAGUCGGUCGACGUAUGGACCUCGCCCUUUGGGAGCAGGAUGACCGCGUGUUCACAUUGGCUGAGCAGAUCAUAGCUGCAAUGCCUGAUAGGAUAAAGAAUGAGAGUUCAUCAUUACUGUCGGGCCUCGACGGCGGCUCAGCGGGCGGUGAAGACACCCUCAUGGUCCCUUUGCUUGAUGACAGCUCGACCUUCCACGCUGAGUUCAGUUUUGAGUUCUGCGACAAUACCUACAGGUAUUGUGGUGGUUCCACGCCGUGUUCAUCAGGAUCAGUGUCACCAGGUUCAGCUUUAUCCCCACCACCGCCGUCCCCGAGACCGACGACAGCAGCGCCAUCUGCGACUUUACAGGAGUUUUUGAACGCAACACAUUUUUCCAAUCUCACGCUGAAUGAUCGAGAACAACGCGAGUUGUACUCCGCAGCCAUCACGAUACAAAAAGCGUACAGGCAGUACCGCGGGCGGCAGCUACAGAGGCGGGCUGCGGCCGCUGCUAUAACCAUACAGAAUUGCUACAGGCGAUACAAACAGUUCGCGUACCUGAAGCAGAUGCAUGCGGCAGCCACGGUGAUUCAACGGGGGUACCGUUCCAUGCGGGCCAGGAGGAUGGAUGUCUCCAACACCACACCAAUCAAGAGGACAUAUUCCCAACGUCGACAAAACCAGGCCGCCAGGAAAAUCCAGCAAUUCAUGAGACAGACCAAAAUCAAGUUGCAGAGCGCGCGAGCAGAAAGCGGGAGGGGGGGCCGGCCAUCGCCGGGUGCCCUCCAAAGCUCGUCGCAGCCCAUCACCAGUACACCGCCCAUUCGCAAUAGGAUUGUCGAUUAUUUAGCGCCUGAAUCGCCAAUGAAUGCAGACGAGGAGUUGCUCCUGGAACUGCUGUUCAAUAUGUGACCCAUUACACCGCGCCAUACAGUGUAUUUUCAAUAUUAUGUUUUAAGUUAUUACCUAAUUGUGUUGAAAAGUGUACAAUUCUUUUUUAACAUUCAUCGUCACGUCUGUUUUCAAACAAACGAUUUAUUAUAGCAAUAAUAUAUCUAUAAUGAGAUUUACUGCAUUCAGUAAACGCUAUAAAAUAGUAAUUUGGUAAAUAAAAACACAUCAUUGUUUAUUAUUAAUUUUUCUGUAAUUUCUCUUUUCAACAUGUGUAAGGCAGCUUUCAUGUGGUGUGUUUUUAUUUACAGUCUCAUCAUCUUAACAAACACGAAACAGGUUUCUUCUUAGCGUUGUGAAAUAACUCGGGCCUUGUCUAUCAAAUUUUAAUGUUCAUUAAAACUUAACCGUACUUCUAUUAGGAUUAUCAAAAUGAGAGUUUUGACUUCUAACGAAACGAAAUUCAAUUCUUGAUCACUUUGUUUUUGUUGUCAACAAUUCUCCUUAGAAAUGACUUGUUUAGAGUUUGGAUUUAAAUUUUCCUUCAUUUUAAACUCUUCAGGUCAUAGACAGGGUUAUAUUUAGUAUAAAUUUUAUCGUAUUUGUAUUAUAUUUUCAUAAUGUAUUUUUGAGACAUUUGUUUAGGACAUUUAUUGGAUUAAUAUUUUUGAAAACUCUAAAUUGAAUAUAAAGUAAUUAUUCUAGAAAAACAAAAUUGGCAGAUUUUUGAUUAAAAAAUUGUGAAAGAGUUCUUAAAUUGAAGAUCAAAAAAAUUUUUGGCUGUUGAUUUGAUGUUAUUUGUGUAAUUGAUUACAACAAAAAAAUUGGGGCUUGUUGUAUGUUUUGCUAGAGUUAUAAGAAGGUCAAGUCAAAACUUGAAUUCUAGAUUCUAUCGAUGAUUUUCACAAUGGAUUUUUAAUUAUGUAGGAUAAGUACAAAUUCAAAUUAUUAAAAGCCACUGUUCUGAUAAUGUAGAUGCACCUAGCGUUAAUUACAAUAAACCCGACGAGCUGUGAGUAUUUUGAGAUUUUAUCGUAUUUAAGAAAGAAUAAAAAGUAAUAAUGCCGUUAUUAUAGUUUGACUAUUGGUCGAAAGAAUAGGUUUCAUUCCAGCCUAAUAGGUUAUCUUUUUAGUCUACGCAGUGAAGAGCCUUAGAUAUCAUCGAACAUGAUCUAAAUUUUCCUGUAGAUUAGAUAUAAUUCUAACAAAAGCUUCUCUUCGCCAUUUUGUUUAACCAAUCAUGAAUGUUGUUACGUUUUCGACUCUGUAUCCUUUGAAUGAUUUUAUUGUUAUUUUCUUCACAUCUAGUUCCUACUUCAAUAUUGAAAUCUUUAACCAAUUCCUACCUACUAUCUACAUUACUUUGUUAGUAGUUAAUUUUAGUUUUAGGUCCUCGAUAAAGCUAAAUGCCAUACUUACCUAGCGUUCAUGAAAAAAAAGGUUGUGCACCACUUAAAUAUAGAAAUAAUUAUUCCCUUUUCUGGAUUCUCUGAUAUUUUAACGUAGUAUAGAAUUAUAGUUAAGGUAUUUAGAGUAAAUAGCUUAACCAGGAGACGACGUACGGCCGUCGAAAUAUUUUCGAUUAGUAUUUUUAUAAGGCAAAAGUUACGAGAGUUCGAUUGCUUUGCUUGUGCAGGGCCGGAGAUCAGAGUUAUGUUUUUGUUGACUGAACUUACUUUUAGUUUUACCAAAUUGAAUUUACGAUUUUUCUUUUCGAUUGAAUCUUGUUUCAAAUGAGGAUUUUUUUUAUGUCUAAUGUACAUUCCUAAUAAUAAUGAUUUGUUACCUUUUCGGAUUUUGAGAGGCCCAGUAUUAUAUUGGAGUGAAGUCUGGUUUUCUCGUCAUAAUAAAUACUUUUUUGUAGUUAGUGAGGACGUUUUAUGAAAAACUUCAAAGCGAUUUGAUCAUAGCGCUCGGCUGCAUAACGAUUUUUAAUGGGCAAAUUAAAAAUAAUUGUAUGUGAUUGUUUAAAUGAAAACAUUUAUAAUGUUGACAAAAAUAUUGUUAUUAUGUCGAGUGAACCAAGAUGUGUGAGAAAUAAAAUGGGAAAGACAUGCGACGUUGAUUAAGAAAACCGUCCAGUUGUGGCGGCUUUUGCACCCUCUGGUGGCAAAAUGGCAAAAGUCGCAUUAUGGAUACAAGCGAAUACACAUUUUACUGUCAGUAAUUUUAAAGUCGCGACUCGCUUGAACGGCAAGGGGCACCUGAGGGCGCGAACACAUGUAUAUUUCAUAUUUUUGGAUCGCUAAUUUUAAGAUGUUAUAUUUAUAUAUGUAUAUGUAGUGAGGCGAAUACGAUACCAGUAUUUCGAAAUGUAUUGCGCCAAAGUUUUGAUGUAUUAAUUUUCCAUAAAACGUUAUUCUCCCAUUUUUUCGUUCUAUAUAAACUGAUAUAUUAUAGUUCGUUUAGCUAGUGGUCAUACGUGAUUAUAUAUAUUUUUUUAUAGCGUGCACGAUUGCUUCGAGGCCGAUUCGAGGAAUUUAAUAUCUAAGAAAUAUUUUUAACUGUAACGCAGAAACCUCCGAAUGCAAUAAUAUUUUUGUGGUGGAGUUACUCAGAUUUGUAAAGAGAGUAUUUUAUUAUCCCCGCAAUCGUCACAACCAGUUGUAGGACGCUUAUAGUGCACACGUCACGGGUGCUGCUUUCAUUGAAAAAAGCAAAAUAAUGUAGGGUAAAAUAAUUAAAAAAAACAUUGUUUGACGAUAUUUUUUUUUUAUUUUUCUUUUGAUAUUUUGUAUUUCAAUUAUUUUAAAAUUGAUCAUUUUUUUAAUUGUAAUUUUUGAUUAUUAUAUUGUUAUAAGUACUGCCUUCUGAAAAAUAAUAGCAAUAACGCCAACGUUUUUAAUAAAAAGCAAUAAAAGUGAUAAAAAAUAUAUAAAUACGAAAAGAAAACAGCACAGUGACGUAAAGCGUUAGUAUUUGACCACAGCUAAAAGAUAUAGUGCACUAGACGUAGUAUAGUUAGAUGAAUUACUACAUAUAUGAAAUAAUAAAUUCUUAAAAUCUAUACAUAGAAUUUAAAAUUUAAAGUUUAACUAAUACUUUUUAUUAUUACAUUGUAAGAUGCUUGUUCACACGUUUUAACUUCAUAUUUAGUAAGUAUUUAAGACUAAAAUGAUAGAAAUAUAAACCAAAGGUAUUGGAGUGAGUCCUAGGGGGUUAAAUGGAUGAGGAGUUUUGGGUAGGCUGUAAUAUGUUGAAAAAUCGCCAAAGGCACAUUUUUUUUAUAAUUGUGAUAAAAAUAUUUAAUUUCAUUUAUUAUAUGUAUAAUUUGUAAGAUAGUUACUUAUAGAAAAAUAUUUUCUUUGACAGCAUGUUAUUUGAAUGCUUGCUUAGUACGUUAUGUACGUGAAAAGUAUUUUAUUUUUAUUAAAAAUGAGCCUGCCUAAAAUAUAUUGCAUAUCAAUUUAGAUUAUUAUAAAUUGAAAGAUUAUAAAAUCAGUCUUUUUUUUUAUUUAAAAAAAUGCUAGACGUAAACUUUAUUGUUAAUAGAUGGUUUGAUUUUAAAUUUAAUUAUUUCAUUAAAUAUUUUAUUUGGUAAAACUAGUCGUGCAAUAAAUCAUUAGUACCAAAGAUAAUUUAAGGUAAUCAAAAUAUUUUCAUUAGUUUUUUUUUAAUUGUUGCUUUGCGCUUAUGACUAGUAUAAAUGAAUUUAGACUUAUUGCUAUAAACUUUUUUAUAUUCUAGUACUUAUACAUUCACAAUACACAGUGUAUAAACUUGUUUUGUUAAUAGACAUAUUUGUUUAAUGCGAAUUGUAAGCGUUAUAUUUCAUUAAUUAGCAUGUGUAAGAAUUGUUACGUACUGCCAGUUAAAAGGUUUUUAAAACACCAAUUUCAGGAGGACGCUUGAACGAAAGGCUUGUGAAAUGUCCAAAAUUUAUGAAUGAUUAAAUUGUUUAAAUUGUAAUAAAAUUCGUGUAAAAUGUCAGUAUAUUUCCUGUUUAUAAAUGCACCUAAAUUAAAAAUAAAAAUUGCAGAAAAAAUAUUGAGUUUUGCAAAAAAAAGUUUCACCACUUUUUCAAUCUUUUGUAAAAUAUCUUGCAUUCUAUUCUUCAUUCGAAUCUUCAAAUUUUUGAAAUUUAGAAAUGCAUUGGUAUUAUCCUUUACGUGGUGAACUAAAUUAAUUAUAACAACAAAAUGCACAUUGGCCGACUGAAUCAUAUAAGUCAAUUGAUGUCGUUACGAUAAUUACACGAUUUUCUGUCAAGUAAUUUGACAAAAUUUUAAAUGGUUAGUUAAUUAGUGUAGAGUUUACUACCUCAUUCCCUAUUUUUAAAAUUAUUUCUAUUAAUUACUCUCAUUAUUAUAUUUUUCAUUAUCUAAUAUUUAAAUGGAAAAAUGUUAUUAAUUUAUGGGAACUCACGGUCAAAUUUUUUUAAUUAUGUACCUGUACGUACUCCUGAGUCAUCAUGUCAUCAUGAGAACUUGGACAGAUCUGAGAACAUCUUCAGAUAUUAUAAACGUUGUGAUUAUUGCAAAACUCGUUUUCAAUAUAAUUUCCAUAGUAAUUUUAAAUCAAAAGUAGUAACUGAAGUUGUAAAAUACAAUUUGAUUUACCAAAAAAAAAAAAUUAUUCAUUAUCAUUUAUCAGUUAUCAUUUUAUGAAUGUGUAUGUAUGAAGGAAGUAUGCAGAGAUCGUGGCAAGUGGAAAGAUGUAGUCUCUGCCUACCCCUCCGGGAAGAGGGCGUGAUUUUAUGUAUGUAUGUAUGAAUCAUUUAUCAGUUUGUCACACAGGCGAUAUAACAAUAUAUUAAAUUUGAUUCAGUUAAUUUUGACCGCAAUUACGAGUUAUAAAUACAAAUGAAAAAUUCAGUUCAAUUGUACAUAUUUUAGUUACAUAUUUAUUUAAGCAAAAUUUCAAUUUCUUACGCUAAUUAACUAAACCAUAACAAAAUUACAAGAGUAUGUGAUGAAAAGAAAUUUGUUACCAAAAUGUACCUUAGUACAGUGAAAUAAGUAUUACAUUCCUUUGUUUAGUUUUUAUAUAUAUAUAUAUAAAUUUGUACACAGAUGACGGCCAUAUAAGAAUGUUAGACAAUGCGUCUAUUGGAUAAGUGUACCUUUAAAAGAUAUAUAAAUCUUCCUUUGUAACUAUUAUAAUCUAUAACACUACAAAAUUGUGAUUCAAAGCAAUUUAAAAUAUUACUGCUGAUUAUACAA